GGCGAGGAAGAGCAGCCGAGGUUUUCCCUCUGGUCCACCUCUGAGGCUCCUCGGCGGCGGCGGCGGGUGGCUCUCGUGGGAACUGGGCCGCUCUCGCGAGAUCUCCCACCCGUCUUGCCUGCCUGCCUGCCUGCCUGCCUGCCUGCUUGAACGGCCGGAGAAGCGACCUGCCUGGAGGGGGCGUGCGGGUUUGGCGGUUGAAGUGAAGGUCUCCAUUUCCUGGCUGUGUUGAGAUGGAGCCUGUGGUCCUGGACUGCCGGGGAGACCAAAGAUGUAACGCUAGACCAGAUGUAGACUAUCCUCUUCGGGUGCUCUACUGUGGAGUCUGUUCCUUGCCAACAGAGUAUUGUGAAUACAUGCCUGAUAUGGCAAAAUGCAGGCAGUGGCUAGAGAAGAAUUUCCCAAAUGAAUUUGCAAAGCUUACUGUAGAAAACUGCCCUAAACAAGAUUCUGGCAUUGGAGAAGGCCAAGGAACAAUCGGUGAAGAGGAAGAAAAGAAAAAACAAAAGAGAGGAGGAAGGGGUCAGAUCAAACAGAAGAAGAAAACGGUGCCUCAGAAAGUGACGAUAGCAAAAAUCCCCCGGGCGAAGAAAAAAUACGUCACACGAGUAUGCGGGCUUGCGACUUUUGAAAUAGAUCUUAAGGAGGCCCAAAGGUUCUUUGCUCAGAAAUUUUCCUGCGGUGCCUCUGUCACUGGGGAGGAUGAAAUAAUUAUUCAGGGAGAUUUCACAGACGACAUCAUCGAAGUGAUUCAGGAAAAAUGGCCCGAGGUGGACGAUGAUAGCAUUGAAGAUCUAGGAGAAGUAAAGAAGUGAGAUUCCUUUGGAAAAGCCACCAGUUCCUGCCUUUUUUGGGGGGGACAAAACACCCACCUCUAGCCAAGAGAGUCCAAGCGGGACAGACGUGUUGGAGAGGCAUGUUUUCCCUGGUAGCAUUUUUAAUUGUGGUCUAUUUGCUGCUUUUUUAUUUUUUGUCUGUGAUAUUUCUUUGCCAAAGUUUAAACGGGGGAAGUGAGAGUAUCACCUUCGGCUGGAAGUAGAGAAUUCCUCUAAUAAAGAAGUUACUGUUC